AUGCCAGCACCAUGCACAGGGCAGGCAGCAGCCUCCCUCAGGACCAGGAGCCACUGCUGGAGGAGCCCCUGGGGAGCAGGUACAGCCUGCAGAAGCCAAGCGACCGCUUACAUGGGACCUACAUUAUUUUCUUCCUCCUGGGCAUCGGGUCCCUUCUGCCCUGGAACUUCUUCAUCACAGCCAAGCACUACUGGAUGUACAAGCUGCAGAACUGCUCGGACGAGGCUGGCCCGGCGGGGCAGGCAGUGUCAGACCUGCAGGACUAUUUUGAGAGUUACAUCUCCAUUGCUUCCACCGUGCCCUCAGUGCUGUGCCUGAUUGGAAACUUCUUGCUUGUCAACAA